AUGAAGGCUCAGCUAGGCGAAUAUCUACGCGUCGGCUCGUUUCUGGCAUCGUUUGUGGCGACGGCAGGCAUCGUGACAGCACAAUCGACUAAUAUCAAUCAGCUGCGAGCCGACCUGACUUCGCUUGUCAAUACUUUGCGAUGGAAUGGCACUACUCAGGACACAUAUGCACCUGUGCAGCAGGCGGCUCUUUCUGCGUAUUCUACCCUGACCUCGGUUGCCAGCGAACAUCCCAAGGCAAUUCCGCAGGCUGGCAAGUUCUCCGAGACUCUUGAGCGUCUUAUUGCCGAAAGCCGAUACCUUGUGGACUUGUCGGCACCCGCAGACUAUGAACCGAGUGUUUUGGACUCGGUCAUGUUCCUGACUGGAAGUGUCGACGAAUGGCGAUUUGCGAUCAACACCAUCGGCACGAAAUUGGAGCUGCCCUCCAGCUACCAGGCUCCGCAACUUAGACAGAGCGCGGCUAGCGGCAUCAACUGCGAGACUGCUCCAGGAACUGAGUUCCGCGAUGCUGAUGUAGGGCCAGUCAUGGUCGUGAUCCCUACAGGGACUUUCACGGCAGGGUCUACCCCCGAGGAACAAGAGCUUUGGCAGGUCCCGGUGAACCGGCGCGACUUUGAGCUGCCGCAACGAAAAGUCAGCAUUCCCACGCCUCUGGCAAUCGGCAAAACAGAAGUCACGGUAGACGAAUUUGAUACCUUUGUCCAGGAAACCAGCUAUCAGCCGCGAGGCGGAGCACGCUGGUGGAAUCCAGAUAACAACACUGCCAUGGUCUUUAAUGAAGACCUAAACUACCUCAACCCGGGGUUUCCCCAGACGUCAGACUCGCCAGUAGUUGCCAUCACAAGGCAAGACGUCGUGGCCUACGCAGGCUGGCUAUCCACCAUCACUGGGGCCACUUACCGGCUGCCUACGGAGGAUGAAUGGGAGUGGGCGGCCCGUGGUGGUAGCCAGGACACCUUUUUCUGGGGAAACGACAUAGAGGACGUCGUCUCGUACGCCAACAGCUUUGACACUACGUCGAAGAAAGUCAACGGCUUCCGUUGGGCCAACACUCCUGUGGACGACGGCUUCGCAUGGACUGCUCCCGUCGCUUCUUUCCGGCCCAACAACUUUGGCCUGUACGAUGUAACCGCAAAUGCCAGGGAGUUUUGCGCAGAUACCUGGAUACGGGACCUUGGAAAUGCUGCUGCUGAUGGCUCAGUCCACACUGGUACCGCGCCGUUCCCUGUUGUGCGCGGCGGCGCUUGGAACUACCAGCCGCAGAAUCUGCGAAUUAACUAUCGCAGCGCGUACUUCUCUAGCGAGGUCGCCACCAACAUGUUUGGCUUCCGGUUGGUGCGAGAGCUCUGA